AUCACAAUUUGAACCCAAUAUACAAACCCUAACUUUUCUUUCCAAUUUUGGGUUAUCAAAGCGCCUGCGUGCGACAGAGCAAUUGCGGAUUACCGCGACGAUUCUUCUGAGGUCGAUUAUUGUUUUGCAGCUUGAUUGUGGAUACAAACCGAGUCUCUAGCUAUGGGGAAGAGGAAAUCCAGUGCAAAACCACCUCCAAAGAAGAGAAUGGACAAACUGGACACUGUUUUCAGCUGUCCAUUCUGCAACCAUGGAACUGGUGUUGAAUGCCGCAUUGAUAUGAAGAACUUAAUUGGGGAGGCCUCGUGCAGAAUUUGCCAAGAGAGCUUCAGCACCACAAUAACAGCUUUAACUGAGGCAAUAGAUAUAUACAGCGAAUGGAUAGAUGAAUGCGAACGUGUGAACAACCAGGAAGAUGAUGAUGUUGACAACGAUGCUUAAAUAUGUGUUUUUGCUUGCUAUGUUUAAAUGGCUGUCGGCGUAUGUGUAAUACUAGCAUGCUUUCGGUAUUCUUGUAAUAUAAGUUGUACGGGUUAUUAGAUAAAACUUUGUGUUGAAACUUAAAACUACUAUCUUUGAUUUCCAUAUCAAUAGAGACUGUAUUUUUAAUGAA